UUGAAUCGUGCGGUGCUUGGCGGUGGCGUGGAGGAGUCGCUCGCUUCGUGUCCGCGUUUCUGCACACUGCUCCCCGAUGUCGUCGAGUCGGUGGAUGUUCGUAACCCGGGGUAGUCGUUCGAUUCGUGACGCUGUAGUAGAGGGUUUUGUUUGUGAUUGUUAUCAACGGAGAUAACCUAAUACCUAAGUGGCGAGUGAUCAUGUUGACAUCGGAGACGCACAGUUUCCUGAGAUCGUUUUGGACCCGCUGAAGUGAGAGGAAAACGCGUGUUUCAUGCAACCAUGGGUGGGCAGAUAACGAGAAACACCUUUUACGAUUCUUUAGGCGGCACUUUUCCGGCCACUUCCCAACGCUGCCAGCACAAGCCAAAGCGCUGCCUGCCCAUCCAGCAGUGCAGUGUUGGCCUCUCGUCCUUCCCCCUCCUGUUCCACCCCAGUGCUAAGGGGUCCCAGAUCGUCAUGGACAUGUCCCAGAGGACGGUCAAAAGGCAGGCCAGCUUCUGUAACGGCAUCACCUUCAGCAACAGACCUAUAGCUCUCUACGAGCAAGUGCGACUGAAGAUCACCAAGAAGCAGUCUUGUUGGAGUGGAGCUCUCCGGCUGGGCUUCACCUGCAAGGACCCGUCCAGGAUCAAUCCAGACAGCCUGCCCAAGUACGCCUGCCCCGACCUGGUGUCCCAGAGCGGCUUCUGGGCCAAGGCCCUGCCGGAGGACCUGUCCAACGAGGGCAACGUUGUCUCCUUCUGGGUGGACAAGAAGGGCCGGGUGUUUUACCGCAUGAACAACUCCAGCCCCAUGCUGUUCUUCAGCGGGGUCCGCGCCUCCGAGCCUCUCUGGGCUCUCAUCGAUGUCUACGGCCUCACCAGGGGAGUGCAGCUACUGGACAGCCGGAUGGUUCCGCUGGACUGCCUACGGCCCCGCUCCUUCGACCGGCCCUCCGUCCACGACGCCCGCACCACCACCUCCUCCUCCUCCUCCUCCGUCAGCCUGUGCGACCUCAGCCUCCGGCAGCAGCGGGAAAACGAAGAGGAGGAGCAGGAGCAGCGGCAGCAGCAGCAGGAAGAAGAGGAGCAGCAGCAGAUGAGCCCGCGGCCGCCGUCCGACUCCUUCGCACGCUCGAUCUCCUGCCACGGUCCGCAAAACUCCCAGAAUUCCCAGCGGUGUGCCCUGCAGGACGCCGGCGAGCUCCGCUUCCACGCCGUGCAUGGGAGUGACGUCGCCGCGCCGGACGAGCAGACAGUAGUGGCCCAUCGGGGGGGAGCAGGAGGGGGAGGAGGAGGAGGAGGAGGAGGAGGAGGAGGAGGAGGAGGAGGGGGAGGGGAGGAGAAGAGGACUCUGGUGUUCACAAGCCGACCGCUGCGCUGCUCGGAGACGGUCCUGGUGAGGGUGACGCGGUCGGGGCACUCUCCCCCCGGCGGCGCCACGCCGCUCUCCUACGGCGUGACGUCAUGUGACCCGGCCACGCUGCGGCCCUGCGACCUCCCCCCCGGCCCCGAGGCGCUGGUGGACCGGAAGGAGUUCUGGGCGGUGGGCCGCGUGGGCGCGCCCCUGCACAGCGGCGACGUGCUGGGCUUCUCGGUGAGCGGCGACGGGGAGCUGACCAUGAGCCGCAACGGCGCCAGCGCCGGCGCGCGGCUCUGCGUGGACAACUCCCGCCCGCUCUGGAUGUUCUACGGUCUCCACGGCAACGUCACGCAACUCCGGAUCUUAGGCUCCUCGCUUCAUACGGGCCCCAGAGGGCCGUCAGCCCCCGGCUCCCCGUCCUCAGCCCCAGGCACCCCGAUCCCGCACUGCCAUGGAGGCUCCGACCCCCACCUGAACAACCCCCACAACAAGAGCCCCAACACCAGCUACCAGAACGCCUUCGCCUCCUCCACAGGAUCAACACCGGGCUCCGCCAAAAGCUCCUCCUCCUUCGGCUGCCCGGAGUCCCCCACCUUCUUCUUCCCAGCAUGCACUGGGGUGCCAGCGCUAACGCCGGCGCCGCGGUGGUGCGACACAGAGUGCACCAUCUGCUACGAGAACGCGGUGGACACGGUGCUGUACGCCUGUGGCCACAUGUGCCUCUGCUACGCCUGCGGCCUCAAGCUGAAGAAGAUGAACAACGCAUGCUGUCCCAUCUGCAGGCGCGCCAUCAAAGACAUCAUCAAGACCUACCGGAGCACGUAGGUGGGAGAAGGGUGGGAGGGGCGGUGGCGCGACGGUGUGAAAGGCCUUUGCUUGAACUCGGAUUCGACCCCUGAAUCUUGAACUCGAAUUUGACCUCAAAUCGAGACCAUCAAGCGCUACAUAAGGGCGUGAAAUGGCGACGUGUGUCACAGGCCCUGUGCGUGAACUCAAAUUCAAGGGGAAAAAUGUGUGCAGACGUGGUGACAGUGAUUGUGACCCGAAUUUAGCCUUGGAAGGAACAUUGAAAUCUUCAUCAAGGGACCUACUGAAGUGUGUAGGAUUUGAAGAGGUGGGGAGGGGGUGUUGUGGCGUGUCAAUGGACCUGGCUUGAACUCGGAACUCAAUUUUGGGGAAAAGCCAUACAAAUGAUUGUCCAUAAACCAGACGCCAAGGGCCCACUGAGGACAACAACGUUGUAGUGUUGGGGAAACGGCGUUUGGGACUGUGCCAAAGGUUUGCGGUUUUUAAUUUGAAGUUGACCUCAAGUUGUUAAAAAAAAACAUAGAAAAAGAAAUGAUCAGUCAGAGAUCAGCCUUGGGGUGGUGUGCAUUGCUCCAUCUGCAGAAGGCCCAUCCCGACCCAUUGAAGUACAAAGGAGUAGGAGCAGGCGUACUGGACGUGAAACUGCGUCAAGGGUUGCAAUUCUUGAACUUCAAACUCAAGCUGGAGUUUGUUAAAAGCCAUAAAAAAUGAUCUGUUUAGAGAUCAGACUCGGGGGUUGUUCAGACACGGCGCGUGUUGGGCGGUGAGAACCGGGCUUAUAGUAGCUUGUUUCACGUGAGAACAUGCAUGGGAAAGGUUGGCACAACGUAUGGGAUAUUGUUUUUGUUGGAUGUGAAAUCUGUGCUCAGGUACCCUACAGCAGGAUAUGAUGAAAGAGGACAAUAAAUGACAUGUAAUUAUUAUUAUUAUUAUUAUUAUUAUUAUUAUUAUAUAUCAUCUCUUUAGGAAAUUUGCCAUGACGCGACCUGCUCGGGAAAAAAACAAGUAUUUUAUUAGGUUUUAUUGUGUAACUUAUGACAACCAAUCCAAAUAUGCUCUGAGGGCUGAAAACACUAAGCGUGAGAUAAAGGAUUAUUUGAUGCACCAGUGCGAGAGGUAUUUCUCCUCCGGUAAAUCCUCAUGAUCCUGUCAUACGUGCUAAUCUCACUCUCUCUCUCGCAAUCCGAAGAGAAAAAGGAGAAGGAAGAAGUCUCAAUAGCUGCGGAAGAAUUGAGCAUGAGCGAUGAUGAUGAUUCAAUCACUGUAAGGCAAUUUCAGAGAGGUGAAGCUGUCCAGAAGGGUAGGAAAGAAUGAAGGAAAUAAAGAGAGAAAGGGGAAAGGAGAGGCUGGACUGUAAUUUCAUCAGCAGCCGUCUCACUUGAUUUACCUGAAGCUGUGUGAGGUAGAGAGAAAGUGAGAGAGGGACUCGAGGUGAGGAAUCAAUGUCAGACCGAACUGAGCGGCAUUUGGUACAAUUACUGGGUAAAAUGGUCAAUUACUUCUCAAAAUGAUCAGUUUUCAAAAUAAAUUUAAUCUGCAAAAGUGCUCCUCUUUUUACCGGGAAAUGCGCACAGAAUCUUCUCCUCAAAGCACAAAGGUGAAAUUGUUAAAAAAAAAAAUGCAGGGAAGACAGAGUUUUGAGCAAGGGAAGAGUAAAAACCGAGAUGUAUGAUGAUGGCUCUGUUCUCCCCUGUUGUCCUUUAACCAAUAGAUUGCGUAAAGGGGAAAAUGUGCAGACAGUCUCGCUGCAGAAGGUCUCAUAGGCGAUGAUGAUGUAAAUCAGUGGAGGAAAGUCAAGAGGAGGAGAAGGGAGAAAAGACAGGUGGAGGAUAAAAGAGGAUGUCCAAUCCAAGGGUGAGAGAAGAGACACUGUGGUGGAGGAAGAGGAGGAAGGCACCUUGGAGCGAAGUCCGCAACUGCUCGAGUUUCACCACGGUUAUAAAAACAUUUUUGUAUCUAUUAUUAUUAAAUGUGACUCAUGUCUUGCAAAUCCAGUCCUGUUGCCAUGGCAUCACUGGCUGCUCUGGGAUUGGAGAAAGAGUAAUUCGUCAAAAAACAAAAAGAUAAAAAAACUGAACCUGCAGUGAACAGCAGGCUAGUAUUUUUUCCCAGGGUUAUGUUGCAAUACGGCAGCAAAGGAUUCAGUUUGAUUCUCUCACCUCCUCUGUCCUCUCACUUCAAGUGACAGUUUUCAAGAGUUUGAGUGAAUUAUUAUUCAUAAAUGAUGCCAUUCACUAUAAUGUCAAUCAUGAGUGAAACAUGUCUGUUUACAAUUGACAAAAAAACAACUAAAGGCUGUAUUUUAUUCGCACAUGUUAAGUCGGUGGUAAGGCGUUUUAGGCCAAGGCCAUUUUAGUUUUGAAUACCGUGUUGGAUAUUUGCAUAUCAGUUAUGUAGAUGCUGCUUUCCGUUUGUUUAGAUAAGUUGAUGCUCGCUUCAAAAACAAAACAACAAAGAAAAGUCAGGAUUGUUUAAUAUUUUGCUUCUCCUUAAUCAUUUUACUCAUGAAUUCGAAAGUCCUUUAACGCCGGUGGUGUUGUUUAUUCAUGGUAUUCAGCCUAUCAUUAUGAUGAAUACAGCACUAUUGAUUUAGCAGGAGUCUUGUGUGCCUUUUAAAAACAAAACAGGGGAGUCUGAGCAGACAUUGCACAGUUUCAACACUGUGGAAACCGAUCGUGUAUUAGGAGGAAUAUUCAGGUUCACUGUAAUUCAGUGUCACUCUGCCAUAACGUCUAUGGCCUAAAGCCACAACAACACAACUAUGAGUACUAAAUGCAAUCUUGUGACUUUUCUGAGGCAGAACGUUCAGACUUAAUAUCUGUGUGCUUAAUAUCAGUGUUUAAGCGACUGGGUGCUGUGAAUAUAUUUUUAUAAUAUAUCCGUUUAUAUAUGUAAUACAUACAUAAUACUGGAAUUGUGUUGUUUGCCAAGCUUCUACUUUCCCGCUUUUUUUCAGUUGACCAAAUUUGAACAUUCAACUAAAUAGAUUGUUCUGAAAUAUUUUACUGAAAGAAAUACUAAUGAUAAAAAAGAACAUUAUUCUGUACAUUUUUCGAUUUAUUUAUUUUGUCUUUGGUGUUACAGAUUAUCACUGUUUAUUUGAAAUGUAUUUUAUUGUAGAACAAAUGUUAGCAACACUAUUUUCUGUAGCUUACCUUCUCUAGCAUAUAAAAGAUGGUAUUACUUCUGUUUUCUGUUGUCAGUAUCUCUUCCCUUCGUUGGGCAAUUGAUGGUGUUUGCACAGGGUGGUUUUCAAACGGACAUGGACGGUGCCAAUACACUUUUAAUCAUGACAACCUAUUUGAUUAUUUAUUUAAUGUGACCAAAUAUGUAACGAUCAGGCUAAAUAACCCACGAGAGGGCAACAAUUAUCUAGCUGUUUUGUCUCUCAUCAUCUGCAACCGAUUCUCAAUUCUAAUCAUGAGAAACCAAAAAACGUGUAUAAUUCACACACAACCAAGACAUUUCAAAAUAAAGUCUGAUAAGCUUUUG